GUUUCCUCGCUUACCCACCAAUCAAAUUCCAUAAUACGGCCCGACAUUACGGUCCUCUCUCUCUUUCCGCCAUGGCCGUGCUCCACCUCCACUCUGCUGCACACAUCUCCUCCACCGUCCGGCCGGCCCUCCCCCGCCGCUCCUGGCCUUCCGUCCGCCGCUCCUCCCCCGCUGUGAGGUCUCCUCGCUCGAGCAUCCCGUCUCCCAUCGAGAGGGCGGAGUAUCACAGGGAGCUCGUGGCCGCCAUAGAUGCCGUGGAGCGAGCUUGCCGCCUCUGUGUAGACGUCAAAAGAUCAUUGCUUUCAAGUCAUGGAAGGAUACUGGAGAAGAAUGACCAGACGCCUGUGACUGUUGCUGACUUUGGAGUACAAGCUCUUGUCAGUUUGGAGCUGAGUAAGCAGUUCCCAUCUAUCCCCUUAGUAGCUGAAGAAGAUUCUGCUGCAAUUCGUUCAAAUAAUCUAGCAGAUUUUGUCGUAGACGUCACCACAAGUAAGACCAGUUCAAGUGAUAAUCCACUGUCAAAAGGGGACAUACUUGAAGCCAUUGACAGGGGUGGAAAGGAUGCAUUUUCUUUUGGAGCUCAGCCUGCCACAUACUGGGUUCUGGACCCAAUUGAUGGCACACGUGGCUUUCUAAGAGGAAGUGAGUCAUUAUAUGUGGUGGGGUUGGCUCUUGUUGUCAAAGGAGAAAUAGUAUUAGGUGUAAUGGGAUGCCCAAAUUGGCAGGAAGAUUUAUCCAAUGUAUCUAGACCAGGGAUGAUUAUGGUUUCUCAUUUUGGCUAUGGAACGUGGACGAAGAGACUGUCAUAUACAAUUGAGGGUACAAAUAAGGUGCCAGAGUACUGGACAAGGUGCUUUGUUGAUGCACUACGCUCAGUCAAAGAAGCACGUUUUUGCAUCCCUGAUAGUCAAACUUGGGAGUCGCUACCUCUGUCGACUUCAUAUAAAGCAAAAAAUGAAGCAGGUUCUCUCAAGGAAGAUGAAAUUCUGCUGUUGCCUUCGUGCUGUGGAAGUCUUUGCAAAUAUAUGAUGGUGGCUUCAGGAAAGGCUUCAGUUUUUAUGCUACGAACAAAAGCAGAAAGGACAAUCAAGGCGUGGGACCAUGCAGUUGGCAUGAUAUGCGUGCAUGAAGCUGGAGGGAAGGUGACUGAUUGGGAAGGAAGCCAAAUCAACUUUGCUGCAGAUUUGGCUGAACGGCGGAUCAUAUUCCCCUCUGGAGGUGUUCUUGUAACAAAUGGCAAUUUACAUGAGAAGAUCUUACAUAUGAUCUCCACGAAUUCCUCAAUUAUUUGAUUGCCUUGCUUCAUGAGUUAGCUGGAGAAAGGGAAUAAUUCUGGCCGGACCGAUUUCCUGUAAAAUGACCGAGCCACUUAUACGGAAGGAUAUAUGGAAAGGAAUUCUAUUCAAGCCCAGCUGAUUUCCGGGCAGCCCCUCAGGUGAUAAAAUACGAACAUGCUACUUCCCCUCCAAAAUUUUAGUAGCCUUAUACCUCCUUCAUAUUUGCUCAAAUCAUGUUCAGCAAAGCAACAUCCUUCCCCGAGCCACUUGCAGAACUAUCGAGAAUUGAUCAGGAUUGCGAUUACUUAGAUGGGUCUAAAACCCGUUUCUGUAUUUAUACAAACAAGACUGGUUAUCCCACAAAGAAGAUGAACUUAGCAAUUCGAAUAGAAGCUGAUAUUAGCUUUCUUUAGAUUUAUGAAAGAGGUGGAUAGAGCUGUGUCUGUAAAGCCCAUGUGUAGGCAAUAUUGGAAAUGACUGAAGCUUGUUACUUUUGUCUCUCGAGAUUUAUGUGAAUUUGGUAGAUUUUGGAUAAGCUAAA